ACCUUUGUACUCCUUGAAAGUGAUCGAGUACAAGUAGAAUAUUUCUUGUGCAAAUCUAAAUCUCUGGAAAAGCCGUAGUUGUUCCGAACCUGGGAGGUAAAUGGGAAUAAGUAUUAGUAUUCAUUGGCAGCAUUUGUCCAGCUUAUUAGCCUGUGAGUGUAGGAAUUUAGGUUCAAUUGGAGGGGCAUUUCUGCCAAGGUUCCCCUCGAUUUGGGGGUUCCUUGUGUUACUUUUAGACCCGUCUUGAGACAUGAGCAAGUCUGCGAGCAGUUUCCUGGGGAAUGUUUUCUGAAGUCGUAAACCCUGUAGCUAAAUGUUGUCGGGAUGUUGUGAAACUUGAAGCUGGUGGGAAAACGGCUGAACUUGAUUGGAGUGAACAUGCAUGAAACAGUUGCUUGUGGUUGUUUUAGACCCGUCUUGAGACUCGAAACAAGUCUGGAGCAGUUUCUGACGGGAGAUGUGGCAAGGGAAUGUUUCGUGGAGUCGUCAUGAACCUGCGGCUGAAAGUUGUUAAGAUGUUGUGAAACCCGAGGCUGCUGGAAAAAUGAGUGAACUUGAUUUGAGUGUAUAAAACAGUUGCUCAUAGCCCAGCAGAACAUUGUCUUGCCUCGAGCUGCGUGUAGGAGUGAGGGUGCUGAAAUUGUAACGGAAAAUGGAGGUGGCAUUAAGCCGCAAUCUAGGCAUCAACGAUUAACAUCUCCUACUGGGAGGGAUUAUCUCCAUAUUGGCCGCUCGGCGAUUCCCAAUAUCGCACAGAUUCUCAUUGAAAAUGUCAGAUCGCUCCGAGCAGACGACCCUUUGGCAGGUCCAUCUGAAUAUAUUUUGUACUUCAUAGCACAGGAGCUACUUAUCGGUGUAUUACCUAAAUGGAAUACAAUCAUUGUUGAUAACUCCUCAAUUUGGGAAUAUCUUGGAUAUUGUUAUCAGUGGAAUAUAAUGCUAGCAGAUAUUUCUGACUACAUUUUAUAAUUUGCAGCGCCGGUGGUAACAAUCAACAUAUUUCCUUGCAUGGAUACAAACAUUGUUACGUUGCCAGCUAAUCAAAUAAAUUCAUAAUACUGUAACAAAUGAUUUGAGCAUCGCAUCCUCACUACGGAAUUAUGAUUAUUAUAUGUUAUGGAGAAUGCUGCUUAUUCCGACAUUAUUGCAUGACUGCAAGGAGUAAACAGCUGAGUCGAAAUUUCUUGAAAGCCGACUAAUUAAAGAUGGAAAAGAAGGAGAAAUCUUGGUUUUGGAGAUUGAUUGUGUCAUGGAGGGAGAGGAGACUCCGAGGAAAGAAAGGAGGAUUACGUGUGAGUCAGGAGUACAACAGCCAGUCGUCUCUCUCGGGCGAUUCAGACAGCCUCGUUGGUGCAGCUGUGAGAAGAAGAGAAAAUAGGAAAGAAAAUUUUAGCAAGAGACAUACAGUUGUAGGAGUGGAGAAUGCUGAAGACUUAGAGAAUCUUGCCCUUUUGCAACAGAAUCGUUCUCCACCCAAAGUGAAAGAGAGUCCCCUGAUCAUGGAAUAUUUUAAAAGGAAAUAUCCCGAACACUCGGACAGGAUCCAAGGUCGAGCUUCUGAGGAACCCAUCACUAAUGGAGUUUUCUGCGAGACUGACCUUGAUAACAUUGACAAUAUGGACACCAUGUCGGAGAUCAAUACAGAAGCAACAGGAUUCUCUCGUGGUGGACGACUGAGGUCCAGUAUGCCGGUCAUCAGACCAACGGUCAAUAUGACCAAGGAAAGGCCAUUAGGUCUCGUCUACCUCCAGUACAAGAAUGAAACCAAGCGAGGGCUCAUGCCAAACGAAGUGACCGGCAUCGACACUGUGAGGGCGCUCUACGUCCGAGCGUUCCCUAAGCAGCUCACCAUGGAGAUGCUGGAACAACCUGUUAGGAAGAUCUACAUCAGGGAUCCGACAACAGAAAUAUUCUAUGAACUGGAAGAUGCCCACGAGAUCCAAGAUAGGACUGUUCUCAAGAUCUACGAGCCAGGAUUUGUUGAGGAUCCCAACGCCCCUGGACCCUCCUCCCCUCGUAGCACCACCUCCACCCCGGUAGAACUGGACUACUACUCCGAACCAGAGGUGGACCAUCAGAAGAGGGACGUGAGGAAGAACCGCUACAACACCAUGACGCUGCCGCGCAACAUGCAUUUCACGCAGAUGGAGAGCGAGGGCGCCAAACCGGGUCAGGGUGCAGGGAACCUCAAUCCCUCACCGGAGAAGAAACAGCAGUCACAGUCUUUGGAGAAUUUCCGACGUGGGGCACCAGAGCGUGCCAGUGCAUCCCUCCAGCGUCCUGCCGCACACAAUCAAGCCUUCCAACGCAUGACCCCAGAGAGAGCCACCCUCAGUGGCCCAGUCACCAGAGGACCAGGGGGCCCUGGUGGGCCACACCUACAGAGCCCCUAUGGAAGGAGGGGACAGCAGCCCCACCCCAACCAGCCUCAACAGCAUGGGAGUGCUACCCUGCCUCGCAGGAUGCCCCCGCCCUCGCAGCAUGAGGGUGGGGGAGGACCUGGGAUGGGUCCAAGACCCCAGGGCGGGAGUGCAACCAUGCCACGCCAGCAUCCGAGGGGCGGUCAGGCGGUGGUGGACGGGGGCAGCAGGCCUGGGAGUCGGCCCUCCAGCGGGGAUAUGGUAUCUAGGAGUCAAAACAGUACGCCAGUAACAAAAGUGAUGCAGAACCAGGUCAUGUCAGCCCCCAUGCCCAAUGGUCAUCCCAGACAGCGAGGCCCACCACCCCAGCACCACCAGACGCCACCAGGUCGACCCCAGGGUGGUACCCUCCCUAGGAACGGGGCACCGGGGAUGAGACACCCCAUCCCCAAUGGAAUGGGUCCGCAGCAUCGUGGACAGCCCCCUCUACGGCGGCACGGUAGUCAUGAUGGAACAUUCAGCCAUGGCAGACCUCAAAGUGCUCCGAUGGGAGAUGGCGCCGCAGGACAUAGACCUGGUGCCCAUCCCAGUGCCCAUCCUGGUGCCCAGAGGCCGUUCUCCCAACCGGCUCCCCGUACAGGCCCUCACAGACCCCUUCCAGGGGAGGAAGGGACCAGCGAAAGGAUCACUGCAAUGGAGCAGCAGAUAGCCAAUCUUGCCGGCAUGGUUCGUUCUGUCAUUGGAACACAUAAUGGUCCGCCACCGAGACAGGGACAUCCUCCCCAGGAUGCUGCCCAAAGACCACCAGGGGAUCGGCCUGCCCCACCCAUGAGAACAGACUCUGCCCCGGUCCAAGCCAGAACCCCAACACCUCAACAACAACAACCCCCACCACAGCAAUCAAGAACCAUCACCCCACAACAGCAUCAACCCCCACCACAGCAAUCAAGAACACUGGGCCCCCAGUCCCCGAGACCCUCGUCGCACCCCGGUACGGGCGUGGCAGGUAGACCCGGUAUGCACCAUCCAGGGGGCGUCAACAUCCAGCGAAGCGCCAUGGUGCUCAAACACCGCACAACCGACCUCAGAAUGCAACUCAAACAAGUCAGGAAAAUGCAUCUAAAUAUGGUGCAACAGAUGAACAAUAACUUCCGCUCGACAUCCCACAAGAUCCGCUUGGCUCUAGAGGGCGCCCCAGGCUCUGAUAUUCAUCCAAUCAGAAACCAGCGAGCCAGAGUCCACCAGGAUUACAUCAAGUAUAUGCAGACACAGGAAGCAAUUGAAAGGGAUCUAAGACUACUGGACGAGAAUGUUGACAAGUUGCGAGAGAAGACGAUUAAUAACAGAGGCAGUGUCGACAUGGAGAGCCUGGAGCAACAAGCUCAGUUGCUAGGCAACUGCAGCAGAGGAAUCGCAGAACAGAAAGUGAAUUUCCCAGUUCUGUCUGAGAAUUUGAAGACUGUUCAGGAAGGAGAGAUGGAGAUAGUUGUCAGAGAAGAGAAUUGGAUGAAACAUGAACCACAGAGGUUGGACGAUCAUUUCAAGAGAUGUAAAAAGAUCACUAGUACUCUGUAUACGCUGAAGAGGAUGGCAGCUACUAACGAGGAACCUUACAUCAUCUCCCCCUCGUCUCCUACCAACGCCCCCACCAGUGCCCCUAACUUUACCCCUACUGUCACUCCCACCAUCACCCCUACCGUGACCACAUCAAGGCAGGUGAUUCGGGUUGAGAGCGCCCCUCUCCCGACGUCGUUAGAAGCUAAACGAGAGACAGUGGAGAGCGAUCAAGAUGAGGUUGUACACCAUGACCUGCCCCAUCGAUUCAGAUCACCCCAAGAGCAGGAUCAGUUUGAAAGUACGCUCUCAGGAAAGCGAGAGGUGCUACGCAAGACAAACAACGUAGAGGCAAACCAGACCCGUCAACGCCGCUUCCUGCGCGAGAUCUUUGAUCAAGAGAACCACGACUCCAUGACACCGAUCAUCACCCCGGAGAAAGCGGCCAAGAGGGAGGCUCAGAAAGAAGCUGCAGGAGGGCAGAAGAAAGGUCCUCCACCACCGCCUCCACCGAGGAAGCACUUCCCAGCAUCACCUGCAUCUCCUGAGCAGGCCAACAAGAAGAUCUCAUGGUCGAGCACGACGACGACUAGUCAGCCCAAGGUGCCUAGUGAAGAAGUGGUUGUCAAGGAGAAGGUUGAGUCUGAGUCUGAGGCAGUGGUUGAGAGUAUGCCUGAGUCUGAAUCUCAAGCAGUGGGUGAUAGGGUGGGAGAUCAAAGGGAGGGGGGAACUGAGGAACAGAAACCCUUGAGUAAUACUUCCAGCACUUCCGCAGACUGUCUAAUCAACGCAGUAACUGCCGCGGUGGAUCCCCCGCCAAUCACCAGCACAGUCAAAGCACAAGAGACAUCCAAAUCAACCCCGUCCCUGGGUGCAACAGAAUUCACCACCCCUAAAGAAAUCAAUGGAUCAUUCCAUUCACAGACUCUGGUCACAGUCGGGAAUGGGGGUGUGGCACAUUCCAAUGGGAAGGUAGGGAAGGACAAGUCACAGACCAAAAGAUCAUUCCUCAGUAGGAGUCCGUCCAAAAGUGGGCAGCAGGGUAGUAGUAGUAAUAGUAGUGGGAAAUCAAAAUCUAAGAAAAUGGGUGGGGCCUUGGCGAGGCUGCUAAGGCGAGAUCAUGAGAAGGGAGAUAGUUCACAAAAAGCAAACAGUCCUUGCUCAGGUGAGGUCGGACCUCCCCCAAAGCCUCCUCGGGGAUGCAUGGACUCACCAACCCAACGUGCAAAGAAACUUCUAGUCACUGCUACUAGUGAGAACAAUAUCAAUAACAAUGCCAAGCAGAUCACCAUUCCCGAGAGGCCUGGCCAUCGGUCGAUUCAAGUGACCAAUCAGGGUAGGAUGGCCAAGUCAGCAGAGAACAUUUGCCUGUCCAGUUCUCCUGACAAUGAUAUGUAUCCCCCGGAAGGCAUCUACAGUGUCCAACAACAGCAGAUCAUCCAGGAUCCUGACUCUGCACAUUCCUCACCAGUUAGGAAACCAGUGGUCGUGUCAGUGUCCGGUCCAAGGAGAACUAAUUCAGACUCCUCAGGUCAAUUGCCUCGAGUAUCACCUGCUAGCGCUGAAAUCAAACGACGGGAGACCGACCCUGUGGUUAGACCGAAGAAGCUCCAACCUUCUACAUCUGCUGGGAACGAGGAUAGCCUCAGAACAUUGCAACUCAAAGCCCAGUAUGCCAAACUUCGGCAGAUGCAGGUUCAGAACAUUCAGAAGGACAAAAAUGUCAGCCAGGCUCCAGAUGAGAGACCCACCAAUGGACCAAACCCCCAACCAGCAGUCGCUGCCGUCCCUAAACAGACCAACCUUGAGAACCAUCCCACCGCUGCCACCGAAAAACCUGCAGACCUCGCCCAACCCGGGAGCAGUCCACAAAAGAAAGAGGUCAAAUCACCGCCGCCGGUAGCUGCCAAACCCUCGUCAAGGAAGUCGAUCAAGACGACCACCACCACCGUGACCACGCAGUCCUACCAGCUUGCGGACGUCAACCAGGCCUUGGAUGACCUGGAGAGUUUGAUGGUGAAGGCAACGGAUACGAACGACAUGGAUGAUGCAAACGUGGUCCAAGAGAGUACCCCCUCCUCACCUAAUGGUACAAUCCAGAAACCUGUGCAUGCCCAUAUCAGGUUGCCACAGUCACCAUCUCGCAGCUUUGCCACCAAGCCCAAACCACUCUCGCCGAAGGGGGAGGCAGCCAAGGUGGGAGGAGGGAAGAGCUCCGCCUUUAAACCUAUCAAGAAAGCCAGCUCUCCCGCGACAAACGGCGGAGUGGCAUCGCUUUCAAUAUCGCUCUCGCAUCCGCCGAAAGCAUCUCCUUCGCCAAAGAAGGCAGCAACAAACAUUAAUUCAUCUCAGGAAUCAAGCAAACCACAAAAUGAAAAUAGCGUCGCGGGAGGGAGUGUGUCGCCUUCAGUUCCUUCACCAUAUGAAAAACAAGCUGUGACAAUCGUUGUCACCGGGACAGAGGCAGACAUUAAACAAACCACAAUCAAUGACGCCAAAUCCGGGGAAAGCGACGUCAGUAAAAAAGAUGCGGGGGAGAAAGACAAACAUCCCAAAACAGAUAUUAAUAACUCAUCCCCACCCACCGCAAUAGACGUUGAAUCAAGUACAAAUCCCAACGUCACAAAUGGCGGUGCAGACGUUAAUGAGCCAAAGACUGAGGAUGAAAAGGAUGGCAAAGCAAAUCUCACUGACGUUCAAAAUGAAAAGGAUAUUUUGAAGAGUCGGGAAAAGGAAGAUGCAAAGAAACCGGAUUAUGUUCCUGAGAUUAAAACCACAUUUGUAAAUGGCAUUAUCGAGGAGACUUUCAUCAAUUAGUGUAAAACUUCGACAGUACAAAUGAAAGUAAUAUAUAUAGUAGCUACAUUGAAGUGUUACACUGAACAGUUGCAAUAAAAUAUGUACGUACAUGCAGGCUUUAUAUGCCAUUAAAGAUUGAUAACUGAGGCAUUUAUAUGCACGAAUUUGCACUAAUCUUGAGUGAAACUAUUCAUCUAAUAGUCCAUGUCGAACUAAAAAUUGAUGUUUACAUCAUCUAUGUUAUUUAUACAGAUUACAUGUAUUUUUCUCUGGAUAUGCAUUUGUUUUGUUUUUUCUUGUAAAUAUAAUCAUGUUUUAAGUGAUGUAAAGAUCUAUUAGAUGGCCCCCUUCAUCAUGCAUAAAGAGAAUGAGUUACAAUGAUCAUAUGAACUCCUAUGGAAAUUGGAGAGAAAAAAUGUAGUCCAACAAAAAAAGCAAUCAACUGCAAAUAAGUUUAUGGCAAAAACCGUAUUCAUGCAAACAAGUGAAAAUAGACUUUAAUAGCGAAAUCAACAGUUAGACAGCAUAAUAAUUAGACCAAUUGGGCUCUAAAUAAAAUAGUUGUGAAUCAAAUUGGUUUAGACUAUUGGAUUAUACCAAUUGGGCUUAGGCUAAUUGCAAUUCUCAAUUGGCUAACUUUUUUAACAUUGAAUAAAAUCCUUUUUAUUCCAGAACAACUGUUAGUGCACUAUGAAACUUAAACCCUUCAUGUAUGUCAUUUGAUUGGACACCCACCCACUUUCUUGUGCCCAAUUCAUAAACUACUUCUGAAGUAUAAAUAUAUAUGUAUUCAUAAAAAUAUCAUUAUUAGUGUGCAUUAUAAUUAUUAAAUACACAUCAUUUUAAAUCUGUUCUGUACAAUAGGAAAUAUCCUUGUCUUUUUAAUUGAAUAUACGUGUCAAACCAUCAUGAAAAAAAAAUGAAAGCAUUUUAGAUGACGGAUUGAUCCAAGUUUAGAAUAUUACAGUAUGUAGAAUCAAGACGUUGCUUUAAAUACUAUUUAUUUCCUCAACCCACCUUACAUAAAUAAGAAGAAUGAGGAACUAGCUUACUUUGAGUUCACCCCCACCCAUUCUCUCAAAAUCACCUUGUUUUAUUGGAUGAACAUUGCUUAUAUACAGCAAACAAAAUCAGAAACAAAUUUUACAAUAUGAAUUUCAGCCGUUUGUGUGCCUUUUUUGUAAAAAUGAAAAAAAAACUGAAAUGUAAAUCAGGCAGGGAUGUUUCGUUAAAAUUGUAGCAAAUUCACAAUGGGUGAUUUCAAGUUCAGUGUUGACCUGGUGUUGACCUGGUGUUGGUGUUAGGUCAAUUUUUACAUGAUUGGUUGGUGUUAGGUCAAUUUAUACACCAAACAUAAAAUGAAGAUGGUCCCGAAAAGUCACUCACUAGUUGUUGAGAUGUCAAUAAUGUGAUCUGGAUCAGUUUUACAAACUCUGAAUAUGUUUUGGAGCUAAGGGAAGCAAUCCAAAUUUCAACACCAAGGCCAACACCAGACUUGAAAUCACCCAAUCUGUCAUGGUACGUUGAAAACAAAGACUGGGUUGCCCGUCAGCCAAGCACAAGCAUGUUUUGUAGUUUGCAGAGAAGGGUUGCAAGAAACAAAGAAGGCAACGUACAUUUACUUGUAAACUUAUAAAUAGGACAAAAAAUGUGGUGCUAUAUAUAUUUUUAAAUUAUACAUAUUGUAGUACAAAGGUCGUCAUGGUUGCGUCUGUGGCAUUUUAAAAAUGAUAAAAAUGCGAUAGAAAAAAAUGUAAUCCUUCUAAUUUCCUAUCAUCAUGAGCUACUUUUAUCUUCAUAAUUCUCUAGGUCCAAGCACAGAGUAAUUAAAUGGACAAAAUAAUGUAAAUCAUGCAGUAUUUGUAAUAAUUACAUUUGGACAAGUGCAAAUAUAAUUUUUGUUUUGAUUAUAUCCCUUGACAUUUCAAAUGACUAUCCAAGCUGCUAUUCUAAAAAGAAAUGUAAUCCACGUUAGGAGUGAUAAUAUACUUGAUGAUAAUUAUAACUAUGUUGUUUUAUAGAGCGCACACAUCGCCAUUUGAAGAGGCAAAGGUGUUUGCCCAGCAACAUAGCCAAUAAAUGGAUAUUAAUUGUAAUUAAAGUUAUACUUGCUUUUAAUUUUUUUCAAGAAUUGUUUUUGGUUUAAUAUCCUGUGAAAUGAGGUCUCAUAGGUAGGGUUUCACAAAACCAUGCUCGAUCAGCUUUUUAAAAUAAGCUCUUUUUUUACACCUUUGAUGAAGGUUCAAAGGUUAUUUGAGAUAAAAUUCAUUCUUGUAGACAUAAGUAACAAAAGGUUAUUAGAGACAUGUAGACAUGCCAUACAUCCUUGUGAUAUUUGAUUGGAAGUUCUUUGGAACCGUGUGAAUAUACAAGGAGGAAGUUUGUGAAAGGUAAAUAAGAAAGUUGGAAAAUAAUUGACAUUUGGCUGUAAAGCCUUGUCACACCUGGAAACGAUUGCACAAAUACAUGUACUUGCAUUCAAGCACAAUAACAUACAAUCACAUGUAAGUCCCUAAAUCCACUCCCCUGAUUGGUUGAAUAUUUAGUAGCAAUAGA